AACACCGUGUAUUAAGAUCUGCAAUUUUUAUGGAGUAUGUGGAAGGGGGCUCCUUAAAAAAUUAUCUGGAGAAGCUGUCAGAAGCUGGUGAAAAGCAUGUUCUUGUGGAGUUGGCUUUGCAUAUCGCCAAAGAUGUCUCAUGUGCUUUGUCAGAGCUGCACUCAAAGCACAUAAUUCAUCGUGACAUAAAAAGUGAAAACAUACUGUUUGAUUUGGAUAGGAAGAGAGAUGAUGGAACUCCCACUGUGAAGCUCUGUCAUUUUGAUAGUGCAGUGCCACUAAGAUCAACUUUACAUGUGUGUUGUAUUGCUCAUGCGGGAACAUGUCCUCCCUGUAUAUGUGUUGGAACACCUCGGUGGAUGGCUCCAGAGGUUAUGCUACAUAUAUAUGUAUAAAAAAAACUCCUAUGGAUUGGAAGCUAACAUUUGGUUGUUUGGAUGCUUGCUUUUGGAGAUGCUGACUCUACAAAUUCCAUAUUCUGGACUUUCAGAUUCACACUUCCUUGAUAGUCUGCAGAUGGGUAAACGACCACAAUUGACUGAUGAACUGAGAGUAUUGAGUUCAAUGAAUGGACCCACUAUGAUUCCAUCCGGUGAAGAGCUGGAAAAAUCAGAUGCUGGGGUAGACAUGCUGAAAUUCCUUGUUGAUUUGUUUCAUAAGUGCGUGGAACAAAAUCCAAGCAAAUAUGUGUUCAGUUCAAUCAUAGUGCGUGGACCCACUGUGAUUCCAUUCGUAAUUUUUUUCCUUAUCUAUUUUAAUUUAGAAAUUUGUUUCAGUUCAAUCAUGCUCCGUGGGUUAUAUGCUAAAAUUGGGCUCUAAUUGGUCGCUGAAAGUUGUGAGAAAGUGAAUAUUUCAAACUAAUAUGUGUUCCAUACUUUAAUUACGUUUGUCCUAAAAUGAAACUCUGGUGGUUAGGAUUUUGUUGUAAGAGUAAUGAUUGAUCCAAAGGUGUUGGUUUAGUUCUGCUUUCUAGAUUUUAUUCUCUUAGAUAAACAAAACUCUAUGUUUUUCAUGCCUCUUUGGUGGCUAAUUUAUUAUAGAUUAUUCAUUGGUCUUUUCUGGGGACCAUUUGCUUGUGGUUUUUGCAUGAU